CCGAAUCCCGACUCGUGGUCCCCGAUCUAGAAUUAUCCUCUGUGUUACCUUCUUUCGUCCUCGGUAGUUUGGUCAUCUCCCGAACCCCCGUCAGUGGUUUUUUUUCUUUCUUUCCUACCAUGAUGGCGACAAUAUCGACGAGAACAACAACAGCAACAACAACAACAACGACAACCGAAGCCAAAACCACAUUCACAAUGACUUCGUAUAUGCCGGCCGUCACAGCCGACGCGACACCACAGCCCGCUAAAUCGACCCUCCUCCCACCGACCUCCAUCCCGCCGCCGUCCGAAUUCCUCGCCCACCUCCCCCAGGAAGCCGUCUCCUCCCCGACCGCCCUGCGCUUCCCCGCCGCCUGGCGCUGUGGCACCUGCGCCAACCUGCACAGCGUCUUGGCCCUCCUGGCAGGGCCCACGACGACAACGGCGGCGGCGGGGGCGGGUCACUCGGGACGCCGUCGAGGGGAAGAAGAAGACGAAGACGACGACGACGAUGAUGAAGGAAAGGAGGGCUCCCAUCACCGCCACCGUAAUGACCACCACCACCACCACCACAACAGGCAGCUCUGCCCCUGCGGCCGCCCCGCGCUGCAGGCCGUCUACGACCAGUUCGGCGAGCUCUACCUCUUCUGGCGCGACGACCCGGCCGUGUCGGACCUGAGCGUGCCGCGGAUGGCGGAGGAAGCCCGGUGGCGGGUGCGGACGGCCGGGGCGGACGGGUGGUUCGGCGGCUGGUCGGCUUCGGGCCGGCUGCUCUGAUGGAGAAGUCUUGAAAAUGUGCGGAGGCUGGGGGCGUGGCAUCUCAGUCGUUGAAUGAUAAUACCGCAAGUUGAUGGGCCCGUGGGCUCAAUCGAGUUUGUAACGAGUGUGCCAUGAGGGCGCGGGUAUGAACGUGGCCGCUUGCUUCGUGGCGUUUUUUUGGGCUCAAGGGGGGUGGCCGGCGUACGGUUGGGAUAGGGCUGUGAUUCGAUACCCGGCGCUCAUCAAUGCUUAAUUAUUUGAUUUUUCCUGGUUAGCUUGGCUAUGUUUGGGCGCAGCUGACUGUACCUGAUCAUCUCUUGAUUUGAUUCUUUCAAGAUAACCUGAGCCUGAUCUUCAUAAAUGGCGCCGGGAAGCUCUGUAGCACGGGCGUGUGUGCGAAGUCCACAUGUUCUUGUCAAAUGAUCUACCCGGUAAUCUAGCUGAAUCUCAACCUCUCAUAAUAAUUUCGAUACCUGUACGGGUU